ACUACCCAUGUGAUUGCGCGAAUCGCAUGCGUGUUGAGUGUUCUGUAAAAUUUGUAUUUCUCAACAUUGGUGUGGUUCAACUAGUUGCUUAGAUUAAUAAAAAUUAAGAUACUGUCAUAUGAAACAUUCAACUGUGUUGGUUUAUCAUUACAUAAAAUUCACAAUGGCAUUUUAAAGGAAUAGUCAAAUGUCAUCUAUGUCAGACGUCACUCGUCAGUAGUUUCAAGACCUUGUAAACACUAAAUACGUCUUAUGGUCAUUCUGUAAGACCUGAAAACCUGCGUAUGUACACUACAUCAGAAAGUUAAAAUGUCACAAAGAAAUUUGAGAAAACUGAUCGGGCCUACAACAAUUCCGCCGCCGGACGAUAGUUCAGAUGAAGAAUAUCAACCCCUCUACACCAGAAAUGCAAAUAAAAGCGCAUAUGAAGGACUGGUUAUAAGUUCCUCGUCAGAAUCGGAACAGGAAGUGGUGCCGUCACCUGAAGAGUCCGCACAAGAGGAUAAAAAUGAUAAGCAAAAAAAGAAGAAAAGGAAGCAAAAGAAGAAGUCACCUCUAGAUGAUCUGGACGAAAUCGAUAAAUCGUUACUUGAGGUUAACGCAUUGUUAGGGGAGCCUUCUCCAGCUCCCGUUGUUGUUCCUGAACCAGAGCCGGAGCUAACACAAGCUGUGUUCGCUACGAAAUACAAACACUUGAACGUUGUUUACGAGUUGAAUAGGAUAUUCGGCCGUGAUAGUGAUGAAGAAAACAAGAAACGACGAGGCAGGAAGCCUAAUCUGAAGCGCAUACAGAGCAAUCUGCUUAUUAGAAAGGAAUUUAAUUUCAAAAGAGCAGGUCUCUCAAUGUCAAUUGAUCGGCGUGAAGACGGUUUGACGUUUUUCAAAUUUGACCACAGCCGUGAAUAUCAGCGACACCAUAAGGAAUUUUUGUUGAGGCUCUUACAAAUACAUCUUGUUACUGAAGUCGAAGAUGCCCUCAAACAUAUGCACGUCGAGGGAUUGUUGGAGGCUAUAGAUAUGAUGUUCAGAGUUGAUGAUAACUCAGGCGCUAAUAGUCUCGUGGAACAUCUAAUUGCCUACUUGCAGUUUGUCGCUCAUCCGUCGUUCAACAUUACUGAUAUAAGGAAUCGUUUGGAAUAUAAGUUCCCGGAGAACCGCCCGUUCCACAUCGUUCUGCUUAAAUAUCUACAUCUCUUGACUAACAGAGCCUGUCAUCGCACGGCACUCGAGAUAGCUAAACUGCUCCUGAAUCUCGAUCCUUGCGAUCCACUUGCAGUGGUGUUCAUUAUAGACACAGUGGCGUUGAGAGCCAGGGAACAUGAAUGGCUUAUUCAAGCCAUUGAAUAUCUUGAUAAGGAGCGUGAUGCAUUAUUUCUCUUUAACAUCAAAUUUUCAUACGCCUUAGCUCACUUCCACGUUGCUAACAAGAAAAAGGGAAAAGCAGACUUGACGCUCAGCGACGAACUGCUGAAGAAAGCUAUGAUAGCAUUCCCAUGGACAGUUAGGGAAAUUCUUGAGGCCUCAAAGAACUUUUCUGAUGAGAACCUACGUAAUCACGAGUUCUUCGAUAAAUACGCCAGCUCUGCAACAUCGAAACACCUUAAACAGCUGACUCACUUAUAUGUUGCUUUUGCUGGCUCAUGGUGGAAUGAACAGCCAGUGCGAGAAUGGCUUCUGAGAAAUGGAACUGAAUUGGCCCAUAGAUAUGACAACGAUACCGCUCUCAAGGAUGAGGUUAAGAGAAUGGAACAAGUGCGAAACACCCUAUUCCGCGGCAUGCCAACGGAAGUACUGCGACACCUCAGCGUCAUCAAGUAUAUGGCAGAUCUACUUAUCGAUAGGGAGAUUUCUGAUGUCGAGCAAACACACAGCUUCAAUCCGCACCCGGGGCGGGACAGCAUCGACCGCUACAACUAUGCGACGUCGUCGAGCAUAGCCUACUUGCAACUAAAUUUUGAUAGUUCCCUCAUUAUGAACUUCUUCGCCUCGCUAAAUCCUAACUUCCGUCCGGAAGUGCCGUCUCCGGAAGAAUACUGAGAUGAGCUACGACGUUCGAAAAAUAUUUCCAAAGUUACCUGAAUCUUUAUUACAAUAGUUCAGGUAAUUUUGGAAAUAUAAAGUAAGAUUGCAUGAAUUGUUUUUUUCGGGACCCACUUUGAAUCAACUAAGAAAUGCUAUAAAUAUGAUGGAUGAGAUCUGUGAUAUGGAUAGUGAAGAUUCAGAGAGCGAGGAUGAAGAAAGUGACGAAGGGGACGCCGUUGAGAGCUAUGACGAAGACGGCGAUAUCGAAGAUAGUGAGGAAGAUGAUGAGAAGAAGGGUGAGGAAAGUCAGGAAGAAGAAGAGGAUGAGGGUGAAGAUAGUGAUGGCGAAGAGUCAUCUACUGAAAGUGGGGAUGAAAAGAAAAAUAAAAAGUCAUGCAACGCGGUUGAUGAACCGGAGGAGAUCUGGACGGAUUAAGGUGAAAAAGAGAUAAAGAAAAAACAACAUGAAGAAAGAGGCAAGCAACACCAUUAAAAAAUGGUUUAUUUUUAAAAUAUUUGUUAAAUUUCUUUAUUAGGUACAUAAAACAUGUUGAUAUUUUUAUUUAGAGAUUAAAGUUUUAAAAGUGUUUACACGCGCUUAUAUACCUUGGAGCGGGACUUAAAAGGUAUCGCGCCUCACGGUAUGUGUUUGGUUGAUGAUUUAAACAAAAUAAACAUCUUGUCGUUCAUCAAGUAACUUUGACUUUCUCAGUAAUCAAUGCAGGUAUUGUUUUAAAAAACUUUUCAAGUCUUUGUUACAUAUAAAUUUCAUUUAUCCUCCAUUUCACAGUAAAGAAUAUGAAAUUAGUGAUAUUGUACUUUACGUAAAUUACUUUAGACCCCUAUAUAUUUUUAAGAUAAACGAACGAACGGGUUAUAAAGAAAAAAAGUUUUCUAACCCGUAUCCGGCGUUUUGGUUUAGUAGUUGUAAGUUUUCGCUUCUUUUCAUAAUAAUUUAUUGAGCAGUUUUAAUUGUCUAAUUACAUAAUUUAAAAAGAAACAAUGGAUUUCCAUUUUAUAUACUUUGUGCGAAAUAUUAAAGACAUCUUGAAUUAAAUAACAAUGAUACCACUGUGGUCCAUUCAGUAGCAGGUUGUUACGAUUACUUAGAAAAAUAUAUAUAUUUAAAUUUGAUUAUGAAAAUUACAAAACUAACAAAAUAUUCAGUCGUGUAAAACAUCAGCAGAAAAACGAAAAUUUUAAAUAAGAUAUGUUGCACAAUUUUUUAGUAAUAAUAACAAUAUAAUCAAUUUAUUAUUCAUAAUAAUUGUAGCUUUAUACCACAGAUAUAUAUAGAGAUAGAUACAGUAAAUGCACCAGAUGGAAUACUAUGCAAUGCGAUCGAUUUUUGAGAAUGGUAACAAACAAUAUUUUAAGAAUAAUUUAUCGAAAUUUAUAACAAAAUUUAUAAGAAUUAGUUCCGAUAUCGAUCACAGUUAGGAUAACCUAAAUUGCAUUAUUUGUUAAAUUUGGAAGAGGAAUGAUAAAAAACAUGUCGGCAAACGCACACGACCGUACCAAUGUGUAAAACGCAUCUCGGUUAUUUCGAUGAGUCAAAGCGGCAAUGAUCAGGAAUUAAUCAAGUGAUCCACUAACAUACCUAAACAUAGCAGUAGCAGAGCUCAAGAAAACAAUGGAAUAAUUAUUCAGAAAAGAAAUGGCUUACUAUACUCGAAGAGUUUUUUGGCGCAUAAAACGGCGUUUUUCGUAUUUCGCCUGACGUGUUACUCAUUUAAUACGAAUCUAGCUGAGAACAGAUUGCCUAUGAAAUUGUAAGAGAUGCAAAAUAGGUAAACACGUUAUCAAUUUCUACAUAUAUCUGUGCAGUAUAGCUCAUAUAUGUCGUAUUUUCAGUCAUUAUGCAGGUGUCUAUAAUGGAUAUUAUAUAAUGUAGUCAAAUAACUAUCUAAUGUUUUGUCAGGCACUAUCAACUAUGCCUAGUCAGCAAGGAAUGUCAGUACGUGGGCGUAGUAUGUCCACGUAACGCUGUUUUUAUGAUUGUCAAUUAGUCAAAAUUUUAUGAUGUAUAUAUUUGAAAAGGAAAGGCUGAAUUGUUUAGAAUUAAAGUGAGGUUUAAAUCGGGAAGGUUGUGGCUUAUAAUGUUAUACGCAUAAUAGAAAAAAAAAUAGUUUAUAUUUAUUUUAGUUUUCAUUUUAAUUGUCAGUGUGGUUACUAUAACACAUGGUAAUGAGUUUGAAUGAGAUAUUCAAUUUCUAAUUUAUAAAUUCAUAUUUAUAUCCUUUGAUAUUAUCACUAAUUUAUAUUUGAAAUAUUAUUAUGAAUAUUUUUUAUUGUAAUGAUUAUUAUUGAUUCCCGGAUUCAGAAGGGUAUAUAACAUCAUAUCUGCUUAUAUAUAUAUAUAUAUUUUUUUUAUAGAAUAGGAAGGUGGACGAGCAUAUGGGCCACCUGAUGGUAAGUGGUCACCAAACGCCCUUAGACAUUGGCAUUCUAAGAAAUGUCAACCAUCGCUUAUAGCCAAUGCGCCACCAACCUUGGGAACUAAGAUUUUAUGUCCCUUAUGCCUGUAAUUACACUGGCUCACUCACCCUUCAAACCGGAACACAACAAUAUCAAGUAUUGCUGUUUUGCGGUAGAAUAUCUGAUGAGUGGGUGGUACCUACCCAGACGAGCUUGCACAAAGCCCUACCACCAGUAAAUAUAUUUAUUGUUCCUUUUUUCUAUCGUAACAGAUAUUAUUUGAGAUUAGUUGAUAGGGCAAUCUCACUUUAAAUUAAUUAUUUGUAUACGAAAUUAAAAAAUAUAUCCAUCUUAAUAUAUUAUCUAAAUUUUAAUUUUUAGAAAGUAGAAUAGAAUUAUGUAUUGUUUUGUUUAAACUUGAUGUUAAUUGAAUUUCUUAAAUAAAUGUGAUCACGAGA